AUGAAAUUAUUAUUUAAACUUUUCGCUUUAUUUUGUACUUUAGUAGCUGUAAAUGGGGACUGUGGCGUAGUAUCCAAACAACAAUGGGACGGCUUAAACCCAGUCCACGUGGAGUAUCUGGCGAGACCAGUGGACCUGGUCAUCAUCCAGCACACAGUCACGCGUACCUGUAGUACUGACGCUAGUUGUGCAGAGAUCGUGAGAAAUAUACAGGAGAAUCACAUGGAUAACUUGAAUAUGUGGGAUAUUGGAUCGUCGUUCAUUAUUGGCGGCAACGGCAAAGUAUACGAGGGCGCCGGUUGGUUGCAUGUUGGGGCACACACAUACGGAUACAAUAGGAAGUCCUAUGGCAUCACUUUUAUUGGAAAUUAUAACAAUGACACCCCAACUCAAGCAUCAUUAGAUGCAGUGAAGGCAUUGCUGCGUUGUGGAGUGGAGCGAGGGCACUUGACUGCUAACUACCACGUUGUUGGCCAUCGCCAGCUCAUUGCCACUCAAAGUCCUGGCAGGAAGCUCUACAAUGAGAUCAGAAGAUGGCCCAACUGGCUCGAGGAUGUCAGCUCAUUGAAGAACUAA